CGGAAACUUCUUCCUCCGCUUCCUCCCCCCCGCCUUGAGUGGCAGUUAUAUACACCUCAUUUCCAGUUUCUUCGUUCUGUUCUCAUACUUUUCUUAGGUUUUUACUCCACCAAAUAUCAACCCCUACCGUGAACGUCCCUCUUUCUGAGAAGAUCACAGUCAUCAUCUAUUUUAAUACUCAACAAUCUUUGGAGGAUGUCUGCCUCUCCAGAUUUUCGCUACAAGAUAGAAUUCGACCCAUUAACAGAUAUCGGCCCUCGCCCUUCUACCCAGCUAGCAGAUCUCAUAUCCAAACACCCAAAACUCAAAAUCUACACCUCCUCCUCACCACACUUUCAAGGCAUGAAAGCAAUCUGGAACCUGGAAUAUGCUCCGAACGAGCCUUUAGCUCUGGUACGCGUCACCGCCCCCUCCGAGGUCUCGACUGUGAUCAAAUUCUGUGUCACCAACAAUCUCCCUCUCGCAGUCCGAUCAGGAGGGCACGACCUCUGGGGUCGCUCUCUCAUUGACGGCGCCGUGAUUCUCGACAUCCGAGAACUGAACCAAAUUGUCCUCGCUGAAGACCAGAAAUCAAUCACAAUUGGAGGAGGCACCCAAACUGGAGAUGUUGUCAAUUUUCUCGACGGCCAUGGUUUGGUAACGCCUUGUACUCUUGCUUCAGUUACUGGUCACUUAGGAUGGGCAUUCAGCGGCGGGUUUGGUCCACUCGUCAACGCCUUCGGGUUAGGGGUUGACCAGAUCAUCAAUGCAAAAAUUGUCACCGCUGAUGGAGAGAUGCAGGAGGAUGAUAGUGAGCUACUUUGGGGGAUCAAAGGUGCUGGUGGAGCGUUUGGUGUCAUUACGGAGGCCAAGUUCAAAACAUAUCCUUUGCCGAAGAUGCUGGGCGGCAUGUUGAUAUUCAAGUUCGAUGAAGCGGAGAACAUUCUUUCUGAUGUUCAGAAACUGCUCGAUGAAGAGAAUGUCCCUGCUCAACUGUCGAUUGGAUGUCAUUUUUCGAAGAGAGGCGGGGCGCCCACCCUUACGAUGAUGUUCUCGUGGGCCUCAGUUGAUUUCGAGGAGGGAAAGAAGUGGCUGGAUAAGGUUAAGAGUUUAGGAACUGUGAUGAUGGAUAUGGUUUCCGAAAUAACUAUGAAAAAGUGGUGCGACAUAAUUGCCCCCAUGCUCCCGCAAGCAUCCUAUAACUCCUCUCGCUCCUUCUUCAUUAGCAAGCUCUCUGCUGAGGCAGCCAAAAUUCUCCUCACAGCCUCCACCAAAGUCCCCGAAAGCCUGCAGUGGGGAAUUGGAACUUUUUUCAUUGGGGGAGAAGCGAUCAAACCGCAACCAACUUCAUCGUUUGUACUCCGUGAGAGAUUCGUCUUCCUUCAUGCUCUUGCUCCUGUCCCGGAGAAGAAACAACUUACUGAGUCGAUUGAAUGGACAAAUGACAUUUUGAAUCAGAUGAAAGAUGAGGGAUUGGUGAAGGCGAAUUAUUUGGCCAUCAUGGGACAUGAUCUUUCUGUACAAGAGUGUUUUGGAGAGGAGAAUUUUGAGCGUCUCAAGGCUUUAAAAUGGAAAGUAGAUCCUGGGAAUGUAUUCAAGCAUGUGCCUGCUCAGUUUACGUAAGACAUCCAGGUCUAUCUUAAGGCUUAAAUGUCCAGCAACGCAGCUUGCC